AUGACUGCGGGCGACGGCAUGGCGUGGGAAGGGACUCACUACGAAGAAAUCGAGGAAGUGGCUCCGCCCAUGAGCGACGAGGCGCGGGGAGAAGACUUUGCGGAGGACGACACGGUCAACACUAACUACACCAUGUUUGACCUGCAAGUUGAUUCGAUCGAUGUGACGCUGAGCCUGCAGCGCUGGUUCGAGGGGAAAGGCCUCAUCGAGGAUGCCGUCGCGCGCGGUGUGCGAGGCAUUGUCGAUCGACGCAACGUCUUCUGGGACCCGAGCAAGCCCUACGACCCCAAAGCCGCACGACGAGAACCUAGUCACGGCGACUUUGAGCUGGAAUCGCUCGAGGUCGAAGAUUUCCUCGUCACCGUCUACCAGCCCAACGACUUCCGCCCGUUCAACUUUAGUAUCUUCAGCGCGCACAUACCCAAGCUACGCAAGCAGUGGCUGUUCUAUGACCUUCUCAGCGCCGACUCGAUCACGGGCCAGGUCGACGGCUGUCUGUUCAGUCUGCACAAACCGCAAAACAUCAGCCGUACCGUCGAGAAAGACCGCGAGAUGAUCCACUCAAAGUGGAAGACCAUGUCACGCAUGCGCGUCGACGGUGUCAACUUUGACCACAUCCAGAAUCAGUCGGAUCUGACGGGUCCUAUCUCGUGGAUCUUGUCGGGCAAGUUUGACGUUGUGGCCGAUAUCAAGUUCCCGCGGGAUCUGGACGACGAGGCUGAUAUCAACACGAUUAUAAUCGAGGUGCUGGACAAUCUGACGGCUGCGCUGUCGGGCGAGCCGAGUCGAGACCACGAUGACGACCCCAUUCCGGGACAGCAUCGGCUGAGCGGUCCAGCCAUCGAAGCGCCCGUGUCUGCGGUUGGCGCGACGGCAGAGAGGGUGCGCAAGGAGAAUGAAGAAGCGAGACGUCAAGGCCGACAGCCGCCCGCACGUGCCGAAAGGCGAGCUGCCGCCGAUCAACAGCAGCUGGGCAGCAAUGCCAACGAGCUGUCCGAGCAAGACGUCCGCAAGGGAGCAAAGCCAUCCAUUCCCCCACCGACAGUGGUGAUCGACAUGGAUGUGCGCUUCAAGGACAUCAAAGCCGCCGUUCCGCUUUUCACGAGCGACAUCAGCUACAGCACCAACGCGUUCGUCCGGCCCAUCGUCGCAUUUAUGAACGCCAACAAGACGCUCAUCCCGAUCCGCUGUCGAAUCGUAAUGGAUCUGAGCGAGUUCGACGGCUCGCUCGACCUUGCGCAGACAGGGCUGCUGCCCGUCGUGUCUGAGAAGAUCUACGAGGCGCUGGCGAAUCAUGUGGCCAGUCAGAAUGCAUCUAGCAAGCGGCUCAAGAACGUCAGUCUUUGGAGUCUGCAGGUGAGCGCCAACGCUGCGUUGAACUUAGUGACUCUGUUGCGCAAUACGAUGGCGCGGACGACGGGGACGAGUGCUGCCAUCGCGAGCAAAGGGGUUGCUUGA